GCUGGCAGCUCUGCUCAUACGUGUCAGCGCUGCCGCAAACCGCUGCUCGAACUGUCGUGAGGAGUGUUUACGAAGCGUCCUGAGAUCAUGUAAUUACUUCUUGAAGUGAAAGUAUUGAUCCGCGGUCUGGUGCAACGAUGGAGGUUAUUUUAAUAGCAUCGCUCUGAUCUCCAGUGUGAACAGCUGCUGACGGACUGACGGGUGAAGAUGAGCUGCAGUGUGUUGGUGACCGGAGGAGCGGGAUUCAUCGGAUCUCAUUUGAUCAGUGCUCUGGCCGUGAGAUUCCCACACUGGAGAAUCAUCAACGUUGAUAAUCUGCAGUACUGCUCCAGUCUGAAGAACCUGCGGUCUGUGGAAGGCAGCAGCACCUACACCUUCAUCCCGGGCGAUGUUUGUGAUCCAUUUUUCAUUAAGCAUCUCUUUGCAACGGAGAAGAUUGAUGUAGUGUUUCACUGCGCUGCUGAAACUCAUGUGGAGAACUCGUUCCUGUGUCCGUCACGCUUCAUGCGUGUGAAUGCGGACGGCACCGGCGUGUUGAUCAGAGCGGCGUUUGAGGCGCGAGUGCAGCGGUUCAUCUACGUCAGCACUGAUGAGGUGUACGGAGACAGUCUGGAGCAGCCGUUUGAUGAACUGAGUCCAAAAAGACCCACCAAUCCGUACUCGGCUUCAAAAGCUGCAGCAGAAAACAUUGUGAUGUCGUACUGGAAGAAGCACAAGUUUCCUGUUCUGAUCACGAGGAGCAGUAACGUUUAUGGACCACGGCAGCAUCACGAGAAGGUCAUUCCCAGAUUCCUGUCGCUCAUCCAGCGGGAUCAGAAGUGCACUAUCCAGGGUUCAGGCCUGCAGUCCAGACACUUCCUGUACGUCAGCGACGUCACGGACGCCUUCCUGACGCUGUUGGAGAAGGGCAUUCUGGGAGAGAUUUACAACAUCGGGAGCAGCUUUGAGAUUCCCAUCGUUCAGCUCGCCAGAGAACUAGUGAAGAUGAAAGUCGAGAACGUCUCAGAGGAAGCGCUGGAUGACUGGAUGGAGUUUGUUGAAGAUCGUCCGGUGACGGAGCUCCGCUAUCCCAUGAUAUCAGACAAACUGCACACACUCGGCUGGAGACAGAAAGUAACCUGGAAGGAGGGAAUCAGACGCACCAUACAGUGGUAUGAAGAGAAUCCAGACUACUGGCCGUUAAUCAGUGAGAAUCGAGACGAAUCGCCGGCGUGAUCAGACGUCACACGCAGUGCCUUAUCACGUCAGAUAAUGACGUUUAUUCAUUUAUUAACUGAUUUAUACAUUAUCUAUGCAAGAUUUUCCAGCAGCUCUUGAAUAAAGUGCCAGUCGGCGAAGACUAGUGAUGUCGAUGUGAUGAAGGAUUUUUAGAGAAUCUAGAGUCUAAACAUCAUCAUGAAAAUGCCACAGAAUUACAGAGGACCAAAAGAUGCUGAAAUAUUUCAGAGCUUGUUUAUAAUAGAAACAGUUUGUCUCAAACGUUUUCAUUAUUUGUGCUUCACCUGAUUAUGAAAACUUGAAUAAUCUUUAUUUGUAUGAUUACAUGUAUGACCAUUUUUAUGUUUUAAUAAAAGUUUACAA